UUGGUCAGUUUCCCCCGCGUGGCCCCUGUGUGGUCCUGCUCGGGGGCCCUCACGUCGUCGCCGUCCUCGCCGGCCCAUACCCCUCUGUCACCUGUGGAGAAAUCAACAGAUGUGUCGUUGAAACAGCUCCAUGAUGGAUUUCACUCUGCCUGCUACGUAGCUGCGGUGUGGGAGGGACUGCCCGUCUUCCUGCUUUUCCAUUGGUUUUACAGCCCGCACGGUGGAGAGGAGGAGGAGGGGGGGAUGCCUCUAAUCAUAUCCAGCAUGUUUUGCACAAGAAAUGUCAGCCAGAAAGGGCUAUCUUCUCCCCUCGCCAAAAUACACCACAAUAAUGUCAUGUUCGGACACCCCAUCAGGAAACGCGUUUUUAGUGGAUUCUCUGAUCAGUGGCCGAAGCGAGAGCGCCGGAGGUCACUACACAGGGAGCGCGGUGUGCGUGCCCCAUAGCACCGCUGCUACAGAAGUGCCUUACGGACUACACAACUAUGGAUACUUCCCAGGUAUGGGCAAGCGGAACGAGGUGGGUCCCCAGAACAUGGUUUCCGGCUCAGGCGCAUACAUGUCCAGCAUGGAGUUGUGGAUGGACGCGCAGAGGUCAUGUCGUAUGGACCAAGAGCACCCUGCAGGUCCUCAGGUCUCACCCUGCUCGUUCCCGCAAAACAUUAAGGAAGAGAGCACCUACUGUUUGUAUGAGCCGCCCAAGUGCCCUAAAGCCUCCACCGCUGAAGAUCUCACAUAUUCGAGGUUAACGUCAGGCGGGCUCGGUUCGAGUUGUACAGUAACCGAUGGCGGCGGCGGAGGCGGCGGUGGCUCAGUGCCUGUGCCGGGCUACUUCCGCUUGUCUCAGACGCACGCACAUUCUCAUAAACUUUACAACACCAACGGCCCCCAGCCGAACCCUUCCCAUUCUCAUUUUGGCCUACACCCCACUGCUCCCGCUCGCUUCCACACGCCACCAACUCCGACUUCUGCUCCAGCCACGGCGCAGGAAGGGAGGACCACCGAGGAGCCCGCGUCCUCGGGAAACGCAGACCUGCAGCCUCACCCUGGGCCGGGGACCGAGGAGGCGCGCGAGUCCUCGGAUGCAGAAGUGUCCUCGGUUGAUGAGACGGACGAACAUGACAAAGAGAGACCAACAAAAGCUACGAAAGGAGACACAAAAAGUGAAAACAUGGCCAACUGGCUGACAGCGAAAAGCGGCCGGAAGAAACGCUGUCCAUACACCAAACACCAGACACUGGAGCUGGAGAAGGAGUUCCUCUUCAACAUGUACCUGACCCGAGAGCGCCGCCUAGAGAUCAGUAAAAGCGUCCACCUGACGGACAGACAGGUUAAGAUCUGGUUCCAGAACCGCAGGAUGAAACUGAAGAAAAUGACACGUGAAAACAGGAUCCGGGAGCUCACCUCCAACUACGGAUUUUCGUGAUGAACGAGGUGAUCACAUUGAAAUAGAAGGAAAUGGGUGACAUCAAUGGCACCCACCCUCCCUCACCACUAUGGUCCGCAUAAUGACUCAUUUCACUGUAGGGUACCAGUCUCAAGUUUAUUUCCAAACACAGUCAGUGCAUCGUCCUCUGUGAGAAAACAAAAUGGGAAUAAAUUGAAUGUAAUGGGUUUCAUUUGAAUUUUUAGGACGUGUUUUUGUAAUGUAGACCUGUUUCUGUGUGGUUGGAUUGUAUCAGUGGAGUAAAAAUCAGUACAGUUAAAAAAACACCAGGAAAGUGUCUUAAAUUACCCACUUUCCUCCACUUCUGAUAAAUUAUCCUUUUUUAUGAAUUUAAUCCCAAAAUAUGAAUUUAUUUCAUUUAAUUGGAAUUGCAUGAUAUAAAGUUUCACAUUUACCAGUUUAAUUUAACCCCCUAUUAAAUAUAAAGCCCAUGUAUCACCAAGGGAAGAAUAAUUAGCAUAUGAACAUUAGUUGUAGUUUCCCAUGAAAUAGAAUUAUAAUGUGAACGAGCUCCAUAUAGAAUUGAAAUCACAGUGAGGACGUUUACACGAAUAUGCUGCGCAAAGUGAAGGAGGAAUGUUUUUAUUGUAUAUUUCUGUGUAUAUAUGACAUUGUGUUUUUGUGUAAUGCUUAAUAAAUUAUCA